UAGGUACGGUCGGGCUGCUGUUUGCGGUUUUACUACUGUAUUUAUUAGUCCACGGGUCGCCGCCCGGCCGCCUGCCUUGGCUUGGCUUGGGGGGGGGGGGGGGGGGGGGGGGGGAACCGGGGGGGGGGGGAGGCGGCGGCGCCCGCCGGUGGACGAGCGCUACACGGCGCCGCAGGGGCUCUACCCGCACCCGGACAUCGACCUCAAGAAGCUGCGCCGCCUCAUCCUCGAGGCCAAGCUCGCGCCCUGCCACCCGGGCGCCGACGACCCCAGGCCAGACCUCGACGAGUGCCCAAUCUGCUUCCUGUUCUAUCCCAGCCUCAACCGGUCCAAGUGCUGCGCCAAGGGGAUUUGCACCGAGUGCUUCCUCCAGAUGAAGUCGCCCACCUCCUGCCGGCCCACACAGUGUCCGUACUGCAAGAUGCUGAAUUACGCAGUGGAGUACCGCGGCGUCAAGACGAAAGAGGAGAAGGGCGUCGAGCAGAUUGAGGAGCAGAGGGUGAUCGAGGCGCAGAUCAGGAUGCGGCAUCAGGAGCUCCAGGACGAUGCGGAGCGGCUCAAGAAUAAGCAGGUUGCUGCUUCGACCGACGAAGUAACGACCGCACGAGUCGAACCUUGUGAUACUGGUGGCACGUCCACCCCAGCUGCAAGCAGUGCCCAAGGGAAUGAUGCGGUCUCAGGUCAAGUACAGCAUUCGGAGCUGCUAUUGAGGAAUGCUGAACGCUUAAGGCAGUUGCGGGAUAAUAAUUUCGAUAUGGAUCUUGAAGAAGUUAUGCUUAUGGAAGCGAUUUGGCUUUCUGUGCAAGAUCAGGAAGCCUUAGGAAAUCCGGGGAGCAUAGGUGCCGUGCCACCAACACUUCCUCUAAGAUGCUACGAUGCGUCUGGGGCCGCUUCAGCAGAAGCAGCUCCACCUGGUGGAUUCGCCUGCGCGGUCGCGGCUCUAGCCGAGCAACAACACAUGCUUGGAGACCCUUCCAGCGCAGCCACCUGCCAAACAUCAAGACACGACAUUCUCAGCAGGUCACAAAGGUCCUUCACAGAGGACCUGAGCAUAGCCGGGAGCAGUUCCUCGGCCACCAGGGUCGAGGAACCAUCAACCGGCAGAACGCCGCAGGCAAGAGACGGCGCGGAUUACUCCAACAACGACGGGUGGUCGGAGGCGGCCGAGGCCAGCACCAGCUGCGCCGGCUCCGACAUCACGGUAGAGGCCGGGGCUGCCAGUUUGGCGGCUGCUGCUUCGGAUGUGUCGAGCAUCGGUUCGGGCAAUGUCCCUGAUAGCUUUGAGGAGCAGAUGAUGCUGGCCAUGGCGCUCUCGCUGGUCGAUGCCCGGGGGGUCGGAGGCUCUCCUCCAGGGCUAGCUUGGCGGUAGCCGCUUUGCCCCCUCCUAUUUAUUCGCUUCGGCCGGCUGGUGUUGUUCUUCCUAGGUUUCCUCUUGUGUGACAUAAAAAAGCAUAGGAUUUUAGGAUGGGGGCGGGUAAACGAAGAUUGGCUGUUGGAUGGUGUGAAAUUGUGAAUAGGGACUGGUGGGAUAAAUCUGCAUAUUUUUGCAGGUAGUGCUUGGCCAUUUCUGUUCUUUUCUUUUUGUUUCUUGUUAAAUGUAGAAACUAGGUUGUGUCAGCCUGUGAGGCAGACCUUGUGCCUGCCUGCAUAGCUAGAUCGUGUGUGCCGUUGAUGAUGCAGAAAUUGUGUAAAUGGAGAAAGUGUCUCUCUUCUCACGCUGUGGGUGAUCUAAAUUACUGUCUGGAGGAUAAAUUACUCGUGGAGGCCACACGUUACGUCA